UCAGUGGAGUGACGAGAUUUCGUGUGUACAGUCGAUCUCUCGUAUUCUUAUUAGUAAGCUGAAAUGCUCGUCGCUCUCAGCUGAAACAUUAGGGUUUUCUCUGUCGUCCCUGUCAUCUUGCUUCCUGAUCUCAAAACCUCUAUCGAUGAGAUUCGCAGGCUUAGGGUCUUUGUACUUAGUCGUCAAUUGUCUAUAGAAUAGUUUGAGAACCCUAAUAUUGGGAUAUUGUUGCUCCUCGCUUGUUUUCUCUGCCAUUAUCGUGCGCUUCGUCUACUCUUCUCCGUCAUCGGGUUUUGAACCCUAGAAACGAAGAUUUUGGUUGAUUUCGAGAAGUUGAGCGAAGAUGAGGAUUAUGAUAAAGGGAGGUGUGUGGAAGAACACGGAGGAUGAGAUCCUCAAAGCGGCGGUGAUGAAGUAUGGAAAAAACCAAUGGGCGAGGAUCUCUUCUCUUCUGGUUCGAAAGUCCGCAAAACAGUGCAAAGCUCGCUGGUACGAGUGGCUCGAUCCUUCAAUUAAAAAGACUGAAUGGACCAGAGAAGAAGAUGAGAAGCUUCUUCAUCUGGCAAAGCUUAUGCCUACACAAUGGAGAACUAUUGCUCCUAUUGUUGGUCGUACACCAUCCCAGUGUCUCGAGCGCUAUGAGAAGCUCCUUGACGCAGCAUGUGCGAAGGAUGAGAAUUACGAAGCAGCUGAUGAUCCACGAAAGCUACGACCUGGUGAGAUCGAUCCAAAUCCAGAGUCUAAACCUGCUCGUCCCGAUCCUGUUGACAUGGACGAGGAUGAAAAGGAAAUGCUUUCCGAGGCAAGAGCUCGGUUGGCCAACACUAGGGGGAAGAAGGCUAAAAGAAAAGCAAGGGAAAAGCAACUUGAGGAAGCUAGGAGGCUUGCCUCUCUGCAGAAAAGAAGAGAACUAAAGGCGGCUGGUAUUGAUCUAAGGCAUAGGAAGAGGAAAAGAAAGGGAAUCGACUAUAAUACAGAAAUUCCAUUUGAGAAGAGGCCACCUCCUGGAUUUUACGAUACUGCCUAUGAAGAUAGACCUGCUGACCAAGUAAAUUUCCCAACCACAAUUGAAGAGCUAGAAGGGAAAAGAAGAGCUGAUGUGGAAGCACAAUUACGUAAACAAGAUAUUGCAAGGAAUAAAAUUGCUCAGAGACAGGAUGCUCCAGCAGCUAUAUUGCAAGCUAACAAGCUGAAUGAUCCAGAGGCUGUUAGGAAGAGGUCAAAGCUGAUGUUGCCGCCACCACAGAUUUCAGACCAUGAACUAGAGGAAAUUGCAAAGAUGGGUUACGCCAGUGAUCUCCUUGCAGAGAAUGAAGAGCUGACAGAAGGGAGUGCUGCGACUCGUGCUCUUCUGGCAAAUUACUCGCAAACACCAAGGCAAGGAAUGACACCUAUGAGAACGCCUCAGAGAACUCCUGCUGGUAAAGGUGAUGCUAUUAUGAUGGAAGCAGAAAAUCUGGCUAGGCUAAGAGAAUCUCAGACACCUUUGCUAGGAGGAGAGAAUCCUGAGCUGCACCCUUCUGAUUUUUCUGGGGUCACUCCGAAGAAGAAGGAGAUUCAAACGCCUAAUCCAAUGUUGACUCCUUCUAUGACUCCUGGUGGUGCUAGUCUUACUCCUAGAAUUGGCAUGACACCCUCAAGGGAUGGCUCGUCUUUUGCUAUGACACCUAGAGGAACUCCCUUCAGGGACGAACUUCACAUAAAUGAAGAUAUGGAUAUGCUUGAAAAUUCAAAACUUGAGCGGCAAAGGCGAGAAGAAGUGAGAAGGAGCUUGCGCUCUGGCCUGAGUGAUCUUCCACAGCCAAAGAACGAGUACCAGAUAGUUGCACAACCUCCUCCAGAUGACAGCGAAGAGCCAGAGGAAAAGAUUGAGGAGGAUAUGUCAGACAGGAUAGCUAGAGAGAAGGCUGAGGAAGAAGCGAGACAGCAAGCACUGCUUAGAAAAAGGUCCAAAGUUUUGCAGAGGGAUCUUCCUAGACCUCCUUCUGCUUCAUUGGAGCUAAUUAGGAAUUCACUGCUUUCAUCGGAUGGGGACAAAAGUUCCUUUGUUCCUCCUACUAUGAUUGAGCAAGCUGAUGAAAUGAUAAGAAAAGAACUUCUACAAUUGCUUGAGCAUGAUAAUGUGAAGUAUCCUCUUGGUGAGAAAUCAGAGAAAAAGAAAGGUGUCAAGCGUCGUGGUAAUGGUUCAGGUUCUCAAGUUCCUGCCAUAGAAGAUUUUGAGGAAGAUGACCUCAAGGAGUCUGACAGUAUGAUCAAGGAAGAGGCACAGUUUCUUCGUGUGGCAAUGGGACAUGAAAAUGAGUCCCUUGAUGAUUUCGUGGAAGCACACAACACAUGCCUGGGUGAUCUCAUGUUCUUUCCCACUCGAAACGCUUACGGACUCUCCAGCGUUGCUGGGCACUCCGAAAAAGUUGCAGCUUUGCAAAUUGAGAUGGAGAACAUCAGAAAAAAGAUCGAGGAAGAUGAGAAAAAGGCAGAUCACUUUAAGGCAAAGUGUAAAACUUAUACGAAAGGAUAUGAGACAAGGGCUGAAAAUCUUUGGACUCAAAUUCAGUCGACUUUGAAGCAAAUAGACACUGCUGGAACCGAGCUCGAGUGCUUCAAAGCAUUGCAGAGGCAAGAACAGCUAGCUGCGACAUUCAGGAAAAACAAUCUGAGGGAUGAAGUGAAAAAACAGAAGGAGCUUGAGCGAACUCUUCAAUCACGCUAUGGGAAUCUUUUGUCGAAGCUAGAAAGGGCACAGCAACUAAUAGUCCAGUUCCGAGCAGAAGCUUCGAAACAGGAAGAAUCACAACAAAACCACAUUUCCGAGAUUGCGACUGUAGGUUCUGAGGUAAACAAUGUAGAUGCAGAUUACGUGAAAGAGGCGGCGCGUGUAGGAGAGAAUGGAGAACGUGAAAGUAGUGACACUGUUACGGAGAAUCAGUCUCAGAAUGUAGUGGAAGGAGAAGAGGGAGCUCGAGAAACAGGAGGAAAAGUCGACGACGGAGAAAGCGAUGCCAUGGAAACUUCUGGUUGAAACCUCUUGGACGACCCUGAAAUCUCUCUCCAGCGUUCCGGUUCGAGGAAAAGCUCUGUAAGAAUGUAUGAAACUGCCAUGGAGAUGUUGAGAACUGGUUGUGAGUUGUGACGCUGCUUCAAGAACGACUUCUUGCACGAGAAAUAGAAAAUCGGGAUUUUGGGGUGCCAUGUUGAGGGAGGAAAUUGCCAAAUGCCGUUUGUCAUGUUGAAAGUUAACGUUUUGCGAUAUUGUUGGAGUCCUGUCAGUGAAUUUGGGCACAAGAUUUGCUCGUUGUCUUCGUUA